ACUACUAGCAGGUAAGAUGGCGUCCUUCAAUGAAGCAGGAAAUAGUGUCAAAUUGAUGUAGUUUAAACAAAAGUUAAUUUUGUUUAGGACGUAAUAGUGAUCGUACCAGGAGACAUAAAACCAGUAGGAUGAAAACACAGCGCGUAGCUGUAUUCUCAUUAUGAUUCACUCCCAGUGUUUGAAGCAAAUGAUAAAAAGAUUCUAAAUGGCCUCUAGGAAAUCGGGAUCAGAUUUUCAGAACUCUGGUGCGGCCUUCAGUUAUCUUGAUGAUGUUCCAUUUAAGAUUGGUGAUAAUUUCAAGAGUCCUGCCAAAGUGGGAUUUCCUGUUGGAUUUUGCAUGACCGAUUACUCAAAAGUAUUUAGAAAGAUUGAUUAUGAUUUCUCUUUCGAGAAGAGGACCAUAAAAUGGGCUGAAGAAAUAAAACAAAUUAAAGCUGCACAAGAGGCAGCUUGUUUAACAAGGGAAGUUUCUUCAGUGACUGCUGAAUCUGAUGCACUCUGUGAGAGAAAAAGUGGAAUCCAGUACAAUGAUGGACCACAUUCUUCAGCAUUUCCACUCACGAUUAACCCUAUACUUGCCAGUCUAAGGCACAACAAUAUUCUAACCCCAAUGCCAGCGAAUAGUAAAACUGUAACACAAAAAGACCCAAGUCCUCCUUAUACAACUAAAUUCGAUCUUGCAGACUUUGAAAGUGAAGAGGAUCCUUUUGAUAAACUGGAGUUGAAAACACUAAAUGAUAAGGAGGAACUCAAAAACAUUCUUGAAGUUCAGGCAAGUUCACGAUCAGUGAUUAUUUCACAAUUGGACAAUGACUUGGAUGUGCACGUUGUGGGAUCCACAGAUGCAUCACCAAGCUCAGAAGUGCAGGCCUCAACUGAGGAGGCUACCUCAGACUUCAAAUCUCUUCACAAGCCAAAUGGCCUCAUAGAUUUGCCACAGUUGGAGAACUGUGAAAAAGUGCCCUUCUCUGCCAAAGUAUCUCUCCCAUCUCCUUCAACUGUCAGCAAUAUCAAAUCUCUGUCCUUUCCUAAACUCGACUCUGAUGAAAGUGAGCAGAAGACUGCUAAGCUCACAGGUACUUUCCACAGCACAAGCCUACCUAAUGGCACUUUGUUUAGUUCAAUAAAGAACAAUGAGCAGUACAAAGCUAGUGGUUUGAAUGGGCAUAACCUCCCUGUUAUGCCCCUAUGUUCUUCAAGUUUUGAACUUGGGAUUGAUAGUACUACAGCAGCGUUGUUGUCUUCCACAUCAGAUGUUUCAUUUACUGCUGGAAUCAAAAAUUCAUCUCAAACUGAAGCAAAACUGGUUAAUUCCGGAAACCAACUUGCUGAAGAAAGGUUCACCAUAAACAUCACAGAUGUAUCAAAGAAAUCGGAAUGUUCUGAUCCACUGAAAUCAUUGACUCCAAGUGAGAGGCAGUGUGCUGCAACAAUAGUUAAUAUGGGAUACUCCAGUGAGAAUGUAAUAAAAGCCAUGCAGAAACGAGGAGAAAAUCUAGAACAGAUACUUGAUUACUUGUUUGUCCAUGGACGACUUUGUGAACUGGGCUUUGAACCUGCACUAGUGGAGGAGGGCCUCGAAAUGUAUCAGUGUUCGGAGCCAAAGACGUUGGAGUUUCUUAACCUCAUGUCCAAGUUCAGAGAAAUGGGUUUUGCACGGGGUGAUAUUAAGGAAGUUCUUGUUGUUCAUAACAAUGACCAGGAAAAAGCUCUGGAAGACUUAAUGACCCGUGCAGGAACUAGCUGAAGGCAACCCUUGUUCUAUCUCAGUCUGAUUGAGAGAACAGAAAGGAAAAAUAAAACCAUCCCACGUAUGAUUCAGUUUCCAGCUCUGUUUAUACAAGCAUGGCUGUACUUUUCUUUACUUUUGGACUUUUUUUGUGAAUGACAGGUCAGGGUAGGGGGUGGGUGAUGGUGGCAGCAGGAGAGUGAUCCAUCAUUCAAGAAAAUCUCUUGCUUUGUAGGAAAGAGUAAGAUGAAAACAAACUAAGUACAAGGUGACAAUAGUAGCAGUCUUAAUAUAUUGACUCAUUAAGUGAUCACAGGAGGCUGUUGUAACAUGGCUGAAUUAUACUUCAUUCAUCUUCCUCAAACUGUGGCUUGAUGAGAGAGCAGUUGAAUUCAUUUUGUUUUACUUUUCUCUUGUUCCCCCAACCAAUAAUAAUUAUGUGCAUCUUCCAUUCUUGCACAGAAAUUUGAUUCAGUAUAUUGCAAAGCUGGAUAAUAAUUUUCCAAGGUUAAAGCUGCUUUAUGUCCUCUGUCAAAAGCUACAUUUACUGGACUGUAGGCUAUUGUAAAAUUGUAUUUGAAUUAAGUAACCUAUAGUGCAAUAGGAAUUAUUAGACUGGCCCAGUCUAUCAUCUGUCACUGGCUGGAUAGUAUCACCAUCUAUGCAUUUUGUUUAGAAAACACAAUGGGAAGUCAAAACUCUCAAUCCUAACAGACAAAUAAGGACAAAAGGAAACCCGGCAUUGAUCUACGCUCCAUCCCUGUAUGGGUCUCUUUCACAUGGAUUCCCUUAUAGGAAAUCUAUUCAUGGACUCUUAGAAGAAUUGCAGCGUGAGGUGAAAUUCUCAUAUACUUAAGCACUUUCUUUAAAUUGUCUUGUUGCCACUGCACUUAUUUCAUUUACACUGUUGUCGAAUGUUACAUUAUGUCUUCCUCACUGCUGUAGUUCUGGAGUGUUUCUUUACUAGUAAUCUUCAAUAGCAACAGAUUAUUUUUCUUUUAAUUUUAGAACAGAUGUUGCAUUAUUCUAUGUAAUAUUUCACAAACCUUCAACCAUCAGAAGCUUUACUGAAUCUUGAAAGUUGCUUAAAAGUUUGAUUCUGCAAAACAGGUACUAAUAAAACCUUAAAAAUA